AUGGCUAUCGCUAGUUGGAAUGCCAGAGGACUCAAUGGAGAAGAAGCUAUGAGGCAAUUAAGAUUCCUCAUAAAAAACAAUAGACCGGAAGUAAUUUUUCUAAUGGAAACAAAACUUACUAAAGAUAAGGUAGCAACAAUGUGCAAGCAACUCUCUUACGAUAAUGGCUUUGAGAUCCCAAGGAUAGGACUAGGUGGAGGGUUAAUGCUACUAUGGAAAGAAAAUGUAAUGAUCUCAGUACAAUCAUCAUCCUCAAAUCACAUAAGUUGCUUUAUAAGUUUUGAUAAUCAACGUAUGUCUUGGCACUUCAGUGGCUUUUAUGGUCACCCAGCAGUAUCCAAUAGACAUAUGACAUGGGAGCUCUUACAACAUUUGCGAAUAGUAGCACAUGGGCCAUGGUUAGUGAUGGGGGAUUUCAAUGAAGUUCUAAGUCAAGCUGAUAAAAAUGGAGGAGGGCUACGAAACGAACACCAAAUUGAAGCGUUUCGAAACACACUAGAGGUAUGUAAAUUACAACCCUUGGAUUAUAGAGGUAAUCAAUUUACUUGGCAAAGAUUUUGUGAGGAUGGUCUCUUACAGGAGAGGUUGGAUUGGGCAAUGGUCAACGAAGAGUGGAAAGAUAGUUUUACUUCAGCCUCUUUAACACAUCUAGACUUCUACCAUUCAGAUCAUAGAGCGCUUCUCUUAAGUCUUCAAGAUGAAAAUGGGUACGACCUUUUAAGAAACAGAAAAAGACCUCGUUUUAAAUUCGAAAAUAUAUGGUCAAAUGAGACAGAAUGCAAAGAAAUUAUAAAAAAGUGUUGGAAACCUUUUUCUUCUUCUUCCUCCCUUCUCGCAACUAUGAGUAAUAUUCAGGCGUGCUCAACUAACUUAUCCACAUGGCACAAGUCAAAAUUUGGAUCCUUAUCCAAAGACAUAAAACAAACCCAUUCACAAAUAAUCCGUUUGCAGAAUUCACAAAAACAUAUGGAAGACCAUAGUGAGUUACGACAAACAGAAAGAAAAUUGGAUGAUUUAUUGCGCAAAGAGGAAGUCUUUUGGCAUCAACGAUCCAGAAUACAAUGGCUAAAAGCAGGAGAUCAAAAUACAAAAUUCUUUCAUCAAAAGGCAAGAGAGCGACAAAAGAACAAUUCAAUUAAAGGAAUUUUCAAUGAAGGAAACGAAUGGUGCACAAGUGAUAGUGAGAUCAGCGAGAUCACAAUGAAGUUCUACAAUUCUCUCUUCACUUCUUCAUCCCCUUCAGAAGAAAAAAUUGAAGAACUAUUACAAGGAGUUCAUACUUCUGUUUCAGAUGAGAUGAACAUGAGUUUAGAAGCCCCAUUUUCCUUGGAGGAAAUAAAAGAUGCAGUCUUCUCUAUGCCUGCAGAUAAAAGCCCAGGUCCAGAUGAAGGUUUUUCAGCUUUACUUCAACAAGCGGAAAGUAGAAAGGAAAUAAAGGGACUACGAUUAGCUAAUAUAGCUCCUUUCAUUACCCACUUAUUCUUUGCGGAUGACAGCCUCAUUAUCGUCCAGGCAUCUGAGAGAUCUCUACAAGCUAUACAAAACAUUUUUUCUCUAUACUCGACAUGUUCUGGACAGAUAAUCAAUUUUACAAAGUCUUUAUUAUAUUUUUCUCCAAAUACUUCGGAAGAGAUUGCCACAUUGUAUACAUCCUCUCUAAAUAUGCAAAGAACUGAUUCUAUAGAAACAUAUCUGGGUCUACCGAUGUUGGGAGGUAAAGAAAUCUUACUUAAAGUUGUUAUCCAAGCUAUGCCAACUUAUCUAAUGUCAUGCUUCCAUACACCAGAAGGUUUGUGCCAAGAAAUUGAAAGAAUACAAGCCCGAUAUUGGUGGGGCUCUACUACUGAACAAAAGAAAAUUCACUGGCGCGCUUGGCAUAAAAUAUGUAGACCAAAAUGUGAGGGAGGAUUGGGAUUCCGUGGUUUUAUUCAGUAUAAUCAGGCACUUCUGGCAAAACAGGCUUGGCGAUUACUAAUAAACCCUAGAUCCCUUCUUGCAAAAGUACUCAAGGCAAGAUACUAUCAACAUACAAGUAUAUUGGAGGCUAGAGAAGGUCAUUAUCCUUCAAUAACGUGGAGAAGUAUCAUCUGGGGUAGGGACCUUUUACGAAGAGGAUUGCGACGACGUAUAGGAAAUGGAAAAGAAACUUUGGCCUUUAGUGAUCCAUGGAUCCCAAGACCUCCAUCUUUUCUCCCAAGUAUAAUUGAUAUAUCUGAUCCCCUUAGAGUACAUGAUCUCUUUGAAACUCCUGGUUCGUGGAACAUGAUACGAGUCCAACAAUUUUUUAAUGCUGCUGAUGCCCAGAACAUCUUAACCAUACCUCUUACUCAAUUUGAUCAUCCAGAUUCGUGGUUCUGGCAUUAUACAAAUCAUGGGAACUAUACUGUCAAAAGUGGGUAUAAUCUAGCCUCAGCUAUGGACACUGCACUGCCGUCUUCAUCUGUUACAUUAAUAGCAAUGUGGUGGAAGUCCUUUUGGGGAAUCAAAAUACCACGUAAAAUUCUACAUUUUUCUUGGAGAGGCUACCAUGAAAUAUUUCCUACUCUUAAAGGUUUAAAUCGACGAAAUAUCUCUAAACACAGUGUUUGCCCACUAUGUGGUUUUGGAGAGGAUUCUAAUGCACAUGCUAUCUUUUGGUGUCCUUCCUCUAAAGAAAUAUGGGAUCGGUGGGAUUACCCUUUCGUGUCAGAUAGGAAAGAGGACAUUUCCUUUAAGGAGAUACUACUCUAUGCCUCUGAAAUUUUGGAAAAAGAAAACUUUCAAAAAAUGCUCAUCAUAGCUUGGGCAAUUUGGUUUGAGAGGAAUAAAAGAACCCAUGGACAUCCAACAAGACAAGGACAACAAGUGUUUGAAUGGGUAACCCGAUAUUGGGAGUCGAUAAGAAUUACACAGAGAACGACGGAGCAACCCAUACAAAAUGCAACAUAUACAAAUCAAAGAAGAGAAGAUUCGGGGAAUCAAUCCAAAAUCUUAUCUGUUGAUGCUGCAUUAUCUAACCAGACAGAAACGAUAGGAUUUGGAGCAAUCAUCCUCUCCCCAGAGAAGGAAGUUAUUGCAGCUUUAUCUAAGCCCUUAAAAGGAAUGUUGUCAGCCUUUCAAGCAGAAGCUAUAGCACUAUUGGUCGCACUCAAUUGGGCUCAAAGGCUUGGAAUUCAGCUGGAUGUUAUCUUUUCUGAUUCCCUUUCUCUUGUUUUGGCUUUAAAUAAUAACAUAACUUAUCAAAAUGAGCUGGGGAUUAUUUUUUCAGAUAUUAAAACUUUAUUGUCUAAUUUUCCGGGGUUAUAA